AUGAAAGAUUUCCUAUGGAUACUCAUUGUUAUUGCAAUAGCGAUGGUAUUCCCAAUAUUUUUUUUCAUUAAAGAAAACCCCUUUGAUACUGCAAGUUUCCUGUCUUUGGAAAAGGAGAUGGUAGCUUGGCAAAGAGCCCGGAUGCAGAUCAGCCCUAGUAGAACAAACUACGUGGAAACCUUCAAAGAUAUGCAGAAAAACUCAGAACCACUAAAAGAUGUGGAUUCCUGUAUCUUGAUUGGAGCUCCUCCUGUGAAAAAAAGAUUGCUGACCAUAGGGAUUUCCUCCAUGAAGCGUCCCCAAAGGAGCUACCUCUUGGACACCCUGGAAUCUCUCUUUUAUUCUUCCUCCUUAUCUGAGCAGAAACACUUCAUUGUUCUGGUACACUUGGCAGAUCCUGAUCCCAUGUGGCAUGGUCAAACGAUCUCCAAUAUCUCAACCAUCUUUAAACCAUAUAUCCAGGCCAGCAAGCUAGUGGUGAUUAACACGCCUCUUAAAAGCUAUCUUCCCUUGAAGAGCCUUAAGAGAAACUUUAAUGACACUCCUGACUAUGUAGCCUUCCAUUCCAAGAGGAACAUGGAUUACGCCUUCCUCAUGAACUUUGCUACCAACCACUCUGACUAUUUCUUGAUGAUUGAGGAUGAUGUGAAAUGUGUCCCUGGAUUUGUCACCCAGAUAGCUACUACAGUGUCUGCAUGGGAAAACAAACCUUGGGUGACUCUGGAAUUCUCUCCGUUGGGCUUCACUGGAAAACUCUUUUGUACUAAAGACCUCCCUUGUUUUGUUAAUUUCCUUCUCCUCUUCUACCAAGAAAUGCCCUGUGACUCCCUCCUGUCCCAUUUUCAUGAUCUUCUCAUGCAGCAAACACCUGUCCAGUUCCUCCCUUCCCUCUUCCAGCACAUGGGCAAUUACUCCUCCUUUGAAGACAAAUUCAACAGUCUCAAGGAUAAAGAGUUUGAAGAGGAUGACAUUAGUUCUCCCAACAACCCUGCUGCCUCCCUCUAUACUAGCCUGAAGGCUACCAAUGACUCUGUUCCCAUGAAUGCCUAUAGCUUGAAUAAGAAUUUCUUUUAUGCCAAGUCAGCUGAAGCUGGAAGCCAUCUGACUGUGGUUUUGGACUCACCUGCUAAAGUGGUCCGAGUUCAAGUGUUGACUGGCUUUGACCUAAAAGGUGAGAAUCAGCUGAAAGAGGGACAAAUAGAACUUGGCUAUUCUUCUACUAAUCAGAUCAAUGACUGUGAUGACUAUAUUCUGCUGGGACUACUGGUAAAUGGCAUCCUAAAUAAGCAAGUAUUAUCUAACAAGUCUGGGAAGAAGGAUCUUCAUGCUGAAGAUCCAGUAGAAAACUACAAAGAAGAAGUAGGAACAGUGGGACUCCUAGAUGAAAACAACCAGGGUUUCUUCAUCAUUGACUGCAAACGUGUGCUGUAA